UUCGUCACGUCGCGAAGUGGCGAUAGUUUUUUUGGGUAUUUUUCGACGGGCUGCCCCCGAAAUUUCAGCCGAGCGUUUAGCGUUUAUACGCUCGUAUAGCGUAUAGCGUAUAUACGUAGCGUAUAUACGACGAACGCCGAGGAUUUCGAGCGUUUAGUGCAACUUAGAUUUGGCGCAGCAAGCUCUCGCUGACGGCAACAGGACAAGUUCUGCCAUCGGGUUUGGCCAAGGCUAGGAGGCGGGCAGGCCAUGAGAGGGUGUGAGGGGGUUGGCGAUUGCUGUUAGUAGGCGCCCUGGGAGGAAAGUAUUGAUAAGUGCGUGGACGUGAGUGCUGACUGAGGAGUUCGUAAAAGCAGCACCUCAGAGGUGCUCAAAACAUGACGUAUUGAUCAUUGUCAGCUCACUGAUUCAAUUCCCGCUGCUAUCGGCUCUUUAAAGAACCUUCUCUCUCUCUACCUUGGAGGCAAUCGGUUCAAUGGCUCCAUCCCUGCGACCAUCAGCUCAUUAACAGCAUUGGAAACACUGGCUCUCAACAAUAAUCAGCUCAGUGGGUCUAUUCCGUCCGGCACAGAUACUCGCUUAGUCCACCUACAAUUCCUUGAUCUCUCUCACAACUACCUCACAGGCCCCCUUGUGAAACUCCGGGGUUUCGAAGUGGACGUUUCCAACAACUACUUGUCAGGUGUUCUGAGUGGACCAGUCUGCAAUGAAUAUAAUCUCGGAGCCAACUGCUUCACAGUGUACAACAGCUGUAGCAAGUGGGCUCAGCGGCCUGCAGCACAGUGUGCGGCGUUCUGCGGCAUCAACAGUACUACUGCUGCCUGUGGUGGUCUUGCCACCUGCUAUCCAGACGGGCCUAGCUUGGUGCCGACGUGCGAGUGUCAACCAGGAUUUGCACAGUUUGGAGGAUUCAACUGCGGUGCAGAAGGCUGGGUCAAAAGCCUCCAAAUCAGUGGGCCUAUUCGCCCCCCUUUCACUAUACUCACCAAGGGGACGCUACAAGAAACAGCAAAGAGUUUCAUGGAGAAGCCUGUGACCCUGUUUGCUUACCCAAGUGGCGUGAGCUCGGGAUGCGGUGUGGAGCUGGCUUUCAGUGUCAACUUCACCUUCCUCCUUAUGCCCCAGUCUGGUACUGCCGGGUCCAAUGGCUUUGCGUUUGUAAUUGCAGAAAGGGCCAAGGUGGGGAAUCCUGAUGGUGUGGGGUAUGGUGGAAUGGGUACUCGGAGUAUAGCCGUAGAAUUUGACACACUUUAUAAUGACGCGCACGGCGAUAUGAGCAAGCAGCAUGUGGGUCUGAAUAUCAAUGGCACAGAUAAGUCGUUGAUCACGGUGGAAUCGCCUUUCACCCUAAGUGAUGGCAAUGCAUACACCGCAUGGGUGGACUAUGAGCCUGGGGAUCCUGGCAACAUUGAGGUGUACCUGGCUGAUUCCAAGACGAAGCCAAGGGGGCCGCUGCUGCGAACAGAUCUGUCGCUGUGUGCCGUGCUGGGGGCUGGUGUGAAGCAGCGGGCGUUCUUCUUUGGCUUCGUGGCAUCCACCACAGUGAAGCCCUUCCAGCUGCAUGGCAUCGCCUACUCUGCCAUGCAAACAGGCAUUUCUUCACUCAAGAAAGUCCACAUCAGAUACCAAGCCCGUGGCUUCAAUUUAUCAGUGGCCACAUUUGCGCCACCUCGAGGCAGCCCUUUUUUGCGCUAUGUGAGCUCCAACUACAUCAUGACGGACAGCGAAGAGGACUCCUGGGGCCUUGGCGAUCUGCACUCGUGGAACGCCCUGGACUUCCUCGGCUGGCCUGUCAAGGAUCAGAUUGAUUGCAAUGCCUGAUGGGCGUAUGCGGUGGUGGCAAGCGUGGAGGCAGCAUACGGAAUCGCAAAGGACCAGAUCGCUCCUCAGCUGUCAGUGGAGUCACUCUUUGCAGCCAUGGGGCUGACCGACACAAACAAGUGCACCGUUGGAGGUUCCCCCGCCGAGGUUUUUGAGAAGCUGGUCACUCUUGAUGGCAGCAGGGGACUCAUAGAAUUCAAGAAUUGGGGGGCAAGAACGUAUCCGGUGCAGGCAUUUGAGCGCACACAGUUCAAGGGGUAUGUGGGGCUCAUGCUGGCGGUGCGGCGCCAGCCAGUGGUGGUUCACAUCGAGGCUUCUGCUGGCACCUUCGUCGCCUAUGAUGGGGUUUUCAAGUAUCAGGAUCCUGGUUGCUACACCGGCAACUUGAACCACGUUGUGCUCGUUGUCGGCUACUUCAUCAAUAGAGACGACGGCAGCCAGAAACGCAUUGCUCCUCCAUUUUGGAUGAUCCGCAACUCGUGGGGAGAGGAGUGGGGCGACGGGGGCCACAUGCGCAUGGACAUUCAGGGAGGGGAUGGCGUGUGUGGCAUCAACGUGCUGCCUGGCAUCUACCCCGUUGUCAAGAUUCCAGGGGACCCCUGCAGCCAAAGCAGUCACAGGGUGGAUCAGGAUAGUUACGGCAUGAACCCGUGCGGCCGGUUCCCAUGCAAGGCGAUUGGGGAAAGCAACAGCUGCAACUGCACUAUUCCGGGAAAAAGGAGGCAACCUUUUGUUGAAGUUCGGAAUGGAAAUGGCUCCACAUGUGCUUAUGCUAAUGUCACAACCACCAGAAUGACCGUCAGUGGAGACAACUGGUGGUGUGAGGAUGUUUAUCCACUUGUUGGCCUCUCGUCAGGACAAUUCACAAGCCGAAAUCAGGCCAUUAAUUGCAACCAGCCAUUGCUCAAGGGCAGUGUCCUUCAGCUGGGUGGUACUCUCGCCACACCCUGCACUGCCUUCUUCUACACCCUUAAGGGAGACACCUGUUCAUCCAUCAGCGAGUUGGCCCUCUCCAAUGAGGGCGUUCUUACCGCUCUCAACCCCGGUCUUGACUGCUCCAAGCCCAUCAAGGCGGGCCGCUCGGUUUGCCUCGAGCACAAUGCUGACUUUGCCUUCACUGUCCCCGAGUGUCUGCGAUAUGGCAUGCUGACGCCUGAAGACACGUGUGCUUGGCUGCUUCAGAAGAACGCCAGGCCGGGUGAACCUGUCACUGGAGAUUCCUGGGCUGAGCUGUACCGCAACAAUCCUGGUCUCACUUGCUCCACCAUUAUCCCUUCGUCUGUCUCUGUUGUUGGCAGGAAGAUUGGAGUGCAGAUCUGCCUCAGGGCAGAGUAUUGGUCGUUCCAACUGGGCAGGUGCAGAAAGGGCAGGCUUAAGUCAGUCCCACAGUCAAUGGCAUGCUCAGCUGCUUACCGCUUCUACGGUGGAGCUACAACUACGGCUGUCGCAAUGUUCAACGAAUAUAAUGUCAAGUCUUGCUCUGGGGUUGUAGGAUCCAAGUACAUUUGCGUUCCUUGAUCAUUCUGUGGGCUUAGUUCUGAGUGCUUGGCCGAGCUACUGUGAGCUCUGCUGGAACCAGCAGUGGGUAUGUCUGUACAGCUUGUGAGUGACUGCGCAGGCAGCAGGAUGGGCCGAUGCUGCACCAGACACACAUCUCGAGCACUUGGUCAGCUGUUGGGGGGUAUGCGAGUGCUUCUCGCCCAUGGCAGGAAGCAGUGUAACAGAUGUUGGGGUUAGGUGCCUAAACUAACGACUCAACCUGAUGCCUGAUAUAUGGUUGCGAGUGUCUCUUGCCAUCAUAGUGAAGCACUGCCCCCCUCCGAGCACUGUGCAACUAUGCGUCCCUUGCGCAUGGUCGGAAUGGACCAAAUGUUGUGACA